AUGGAAAGCAUGCUUAAGUUUGUUCCUCUCAUUUGUUUUAUGACCAUGCUUAAAUUUGUAUUAGGAAAUGCAGCAGCUUAUCCUGAAGGUGCUGGUGGCAUGAAUUUCAAGGGCAUAAUAGGAGCUAUUGCAGACCAAAAUUCCCGCAAUGGUAAAGAGGAGAUAGUGGCUAUUGAGAUGGCAUUGGAGGAUUUCUAUCAUUACAGCAAUCAAAGGUUUGUUCUGCACAUAAGGAACUCUCGAGGGGAUCCCCUUAAGGCUGCUCUUGCAGCUAGAGAUCUUAUUAAUGAAAUGCACGUGCAAGCAAUUAUAGGACCGCAAACAUGGGAAGAGACAUCUUUAGUGGCUGAGGUUUGUAGCCAAAGCAUGACGCCAGUUCUAUCUCUAGCUGAUGCAACUCCAAAGUGGUCAACUUUGAAAUGGCCCUUCCUGGUGCAAGCCUUACCUAGUCAAAUUAAGCAUAUGAAAGUAGUAGCUGCUAUUGUUCAGUCCUGGGAAUGGUACAGUGUCAACAUAAUAUAUGAAGAUUGGGCUGCUUCAUCCACACAAGUUUUAUCUCAUCUCUAUAGAGCCCUCAGUGAAGCAGGUGUAAGUAUAAGUAAUCUUUUAGCUAUCCCACCUUUUGUUUCCUCUUCAUUGUCCCAAGAACUGGAGAAGCUUAGAGAAGGGCAAUGUAGAGUCUUUGUUGUUAUUUCUUCCCUCCCGUUGGCCAUAAACCUGUUUGAAACUGCAAAUAAAAUGAAUAUGAUAGAGAAAGAUUCUGUGUGGAUCAUAACUGAUCCUUUUACAAGCCUUGUCCAUUCCUUGAAUGCAUCCACUAUAUCUUCAAUGCAAGGCAUCCUUGGAAUCAAGAGCUACAUCCCAGAAACAGGACACCAGUUUAAGGACUUCUACCAUAAAUUUGGCCAAAAGUUUAGCUCAGAGAACCCUUGGGAAUUCAACAAUGAGCCUGGGAUAUUUGCAGCACAUGCCUAUGAUGCUGCAUGGACUGUGGCUCUAGCCAUGACCCAAGACAACGGUAAAGGAGGCCAAGUUUUGCUAGAUAAGAUUUUGCUUAAUAGUUUUAUUGGCUUAAGUGGAAAAAUUCAGUUCACUGACCAAAAGUUAGCUCCUUCACAUACUUUUCAGAUCAUCAAUGUGAUAGGGAAUGGUUACAAGGAAAUUGGAUUCUGGUCAGAUGGACUAGGUUUCUCAAAUAGUAUUGGCCAAAAUGCUACUUAUAGUUGUUCAAUGAAGGAACUGGGACAACUUUUAUGGCCAGGAAGACCUUGGGACACUCCAAGAGGAUGGGCCCUGCCUACAAGUGAUAAACCACUAAGAGUUGGGGUCCCUGCUUUGGCCACAUUGAAACAAUUUAUAAAUAUAACUCAAGAUCAUUCUGAAAAUACUACCUCCUUCCAGGGAUUUACUAUUGAUCUUUUUAGAGCAACUGUGGAGUUGUUGCCCUACCAUUUGCCAUACAAAUUAUAUGCUUUCAAUGACACAUAUGAUAAUUUGGUGAAGCAAGUUUAUUUAAAGAAUUUCGAUGCAGCGAUUGAUGUAACAAUAAUUUCAUAUCGAUAUCAGUAUGUUGAAUUCACUCUGCCUUACACUGAUCCGGGAGUGGUGAUGGUAGUGCCCAUUAAGUCAAAAGCAGGACAUAGAGCUUGGUUAUUCGUGAAGCCAUUUACAAAGACCAUGUGGAUUCUAAUAGCAGCCAUGAUUAUCUACAAUGGAUUUGUUCUAUGGAUGUUAGAGAGACACCAUUGGCCUGAACUUAAGGGUUCCAUGCUCAAUCAAACUGGGACCAUGGCUUGGUUGGCAUUGACCCCUCUCAUCAGCUUUAAUGACUUAGGUGGUAAGUUACACCACAGUUUAUCAAGGAUGGCUAUGGUGGUGUGGCUAUUUGUAGCACUCAUCAUAACACAGUCUUACACAGCUAACCUUACCAGCAUGCUAACUGUUGAAAGGUUUGAACCCUCAGUGGAUAAUGUUGAUCAGCUACGGAAUGGCAAUGCUGUGGUUGGAUACAGUACAGGAUCCUUCUUGAAAAAUUAUCUCCAGGAAGUGUUACACUUCCAACCUGCAAACAUCAAGCAAUUUAGCUCACUUGAAGAGUUUGCAGAAGCUCUCAGAAGGAAAGAAAUAGCAGCUGCAUUUCUUGAAGUUCCUGGGGCCAAAAUUUUCCUUUCAAAGUACUGUAAAGAGUUUAUUCAAGCCGGGCCUAUGUAUAAAAUUGGAGGAUUUGGUUUUGCAUUUCCAAGGGGGUCUCCAUUUCUUCCAAGUGUAAACAAAGCACUGCUAGGUUUGUUUGAAAAUGGCAAGCUUCGUGAAUUAGAGAACAAAAUGCUUGCAUUAGAGAAAUGUGAAGACACAGAACCAGAGGGAGAUACUGCAAGUCUCAGUCCCAAUAGCUUCUGGGCCCUUAUCACAAUGACAGCAGGCACAUCAACAAUUUCUCUCUUUGUUUACAUUAUUGGUAUGAAUUAUUCAAACCGUGAAGAGAAAACAUUAUGGAGGCUAAUGAAGGUAAUGAUUCAGCAAUGUGGAUAUGCAAAGAGACGAUUCUGCAGAAGAGAAAGUGAUGUUGCAGAAAGUUCUAUGGACUCUCCAAAUGCACAUGAUAUGCCAACUCAAGUUUGA